CUUCCUGAGUGGAUGGAGCACUCCUCUGGAACGCCAUGGCGCUGAGAGGCAUUCGCGUGCUGGAGGUGGCGGGGCUGGCUCCCGCACCGUUCUGCGGCAUGCUGCUGGCCGAUUUCGGGGCUUCAGUCACCAAAGUAGACAGCGUGACGGCGCCCAACAUGGAGUGCCUCGGCGAGGGCAAGGAGUCCAUCCAGCUCAACUUGAAGCACGAGAAGGGCAAGGAGGUGUUCCGCAAGCUGUGCUGCAGCAGCGACGUGCUCAUCGAGCCCUUCAGAGCAGGGACGAUGGAGCGGCUAGGGUUGGGACCCGACUCCAUCCUGGCGCUGAACCCCCGUCUGGUCUACGCUCGCCUUACCGGCUUCGGCCAGUCCGGGUCCUGGGCCAAGCAGGCGGGCCACGACAUCAACUACGUCGCCCUCUCAGGCGUGCUGUCGCAGCUGGGCCGCGCGGAGGGCCCGCCCACGCCGCCGCUCAACCUGCUGGCGGACUUCGCGGGGGGCGGCCUGCUGUGCGCGUGGGGCGUGCUGCUGGCGCUGCUGGAGCGCGCGGCGUCGGGGCGCGGCCAGGUCGUGGACGCGGCCAUGUCCGAGGGCGUGUCCUACUUGGCCAGCUGGGUGUUCCGCUCGCGCGGCGUGCUGCCGCUCUGGGAGGAGGCCCGCGGCCACAACGCGCUGGACUCUGGCGCGCACUUCUACGACACCUACGAGACUCGCGACGGCCGCCACAUGGCGGUGGGUGCCAUCGAGCCGCAGUUCUACGCCGAGUUCCUGGACAAGCUGGGCCUGGACGUGCCGCAGUACGGCGACUGGGCCGAGGCCAAGCGCGCGGUGGCGCGCAGGUUCAAGGAACGCUCGCAGGCCGAGUGGUGCGCCGUGUUCGACGGCACGGACGCCUGCGUCACGCCCGUGCUCUCCGCGGAGGAGGCAGCGCGCUACCCCCACAACGUGGCGAGGGCAGCGUUCACGCGCAGGGCCGACGGCGGCGUGGUCCCCCAGCCCGCCCCCAGGCUCAGCCGGACGCCGGGCCGCUCCGGGGUGGCCGCCGGCAAGGGCUACCUCCCCGGCAGGGAGACGAGGCGCAUCCUGCGCGAACUGGGCUUCUCCGAAGCCGCCGUGCAGCAGAUGCUGGAGGACGGCGUCGUGGCCGAGGCGGAGCAGGCGGACAAGGACGGGGCUGCCACGAAGAGCAAGCUGUAGGCACGAUGGCCUCGUGAACUGGAGCAGCAAGCCCCCUCCUUCCCAAACCCACAAUUCAGAAUACAGUUGACUUUAUAACUGAAUUUAUAAAUAAAAUGUAUUUUUGUACAGCUUUUAAAAAUUA